GCCACCACAACCUGUCGCCGAUAGUCUUGCUGCUCUGAAAUUCUUUUUUGUUUAUACUUGAAAAGCAUUAGUUGCUUUGUAAAAUUAAAAUAUGUUGAAUGGACAAAUUACACAUAGCUAUGUGGGGAACACGUGCAGCGUGGUGAUACCACAUCCACAUGUCAAAGAAAAACCAAAGUCCACGCCAUCACCCGAGCAAGAGGAGGCCUGUUGUGAGAGAGGGGCUGAGGCAUUGGUUGAGGCGGGGGCGACGGCGUCAGCGGACGCAACGGGUGCUACGGUACAUGUGAAUUUGGAUCGCAUAAGGAACGUCGAUAUCUUCAUUGGCGACAACGAUUUGUACUUUUAUGCCGAUGUCAAGUUAUACAAAUUCCACAGCCGUCGUACUUUCGACUUAAGGGGCCUGAAAACUUUGUUCAUCAAAUAUGAUACGAACGAGAACUGCUACCAGCUGUAUUUGCGCUGCCUUCCGCCCGUUGCCAUUCCGGGUAGCGGCAAUGCAGCUGGCAGCGCCGUGACGCCAAAACCAAAGACAGCGCGCAAGGAAUAUAUAGCCGCAUUUCUUAAUCUACCUUCGCUUGCAGACACCUUGCAGGACAAGGAACCGUUAGUGCAUGAAUGGAAACUGAAGCGUAUCACCGAACAGUGCCAAUUACAGCUCGAUGCCCACGAGCGUACCUAUAAACUGACUAGCAAUUUUUGCUAUGGAUAUGCCAGUGGGUACAGCGGUUCACUCCAGACUAGCGAGCUGGACAAGUCGACAUGCCGUGUUCCAGAGCCAGAGCGACUAAGUCCUUUGCAACGACGUCUGGAACGCGUUAGCGAUGAAAUAAAACGCUUUUCGCGUGACCAGUACAAAAUGAACUUUGUGGAGUUGCAGGUUCCAGCUGGACAUCAAAAUCCACUGCGCUUCAAGCCCAAAAUCUUUGAAACGUCCAUGACACAGGAACAGGCGCACUUGCUGCAUAAUCUUUGUAGCCGAACAGCCUCGAUGAAAGACUCUACAUCAAUGGUGUCGACUGAUGAUAGUACAUCAACGGCCUCAUCCCAGUCCAUCAGCCAACCUGAACGCCGUGUGCAGAACGAAAUUGACUGUGGUCUUAUCAGCAUUGUGUUGGCCAUAUGCUAUGAUGUGCGCACUACCAACAACGAACCGACCUGUGAAUCAGGCUGGACGCGUAGCAUAUUGUGUCCGUUGUUUUGCUACUUCGAGCAAUUUGACAACUAUCGAGACGUUUUAAUAGCGUUUCUGCGCCGUGUGAUCACCUAUCCGUUGUAUCGCAACUUCGAACUGGGUCGCCAGUGCGUUAGGGAUGCCAUUGAAGUACUGAAGGGUGGUCGCAACUGGCUGAUAAAUCAGCUUCUGCUCACCCACCAGCAAUUCGCCAGUGGCGAACCAUGUCGCGAUAGUUUCAACAACUAUUAUCUGGAGGACUAUAUACGGUAUAUAAGCAAUGCGACAGUGUGCAGCGAUGAGCAUUUGCGUCUGUUGGCGCGGAAUGUUAAGAAUGUGCUAAUGGAUGUUACCAAACGGCAACUGGAUCUAGGUGUUAUUGAAAUCGAGACUGAGUUGAUCCAGGAGCUAAUGCAAGAAAUGCGUAUCGAUGCUGGUAGUGGCAGCGAGUCGCCGUCACAGCAGCAGAGCCACCAUGGUGAUGAUGAAAUGGAUAUGGAUGACACAUCUGGGCAAGAGGAUGAGACAACGACCGACGAUGAUAGCGUUAUAACCGAUUCAUUCGACAGCAUGGACUUGCGUUUGAUUGAGAACGAUGUCUAUGCCGUCGACGAGGAGAACGAAGAUGUCGAUGAUGGAGAUGAGGAUCAAUCAGAGGUUGACGAUGACGACCACGAAAGCAACUCAUCAACAACCACUACCAGCGAUGCUGAGGGCAAUAGCGUCAUCGAGCAAUGCACCAGCAACAGCGAGGCUGCCGCCAGCAUCAGUGCCAGUGCCAGUGUCAGUGCCAGCACCAGCACCAAGUAGACAUUGCCAACGGUUCAUGUUGUCAGUCCUGCCAUGCCUAAACCAAUUUACCAACCAACCAACAAACCAACUUAAUGUCAAAGAACGGAGGCUAAACAGUGAUUACUUUUAUGCAAACCGAAAUGUGAAAGUAAAAUUAAAAAAAAAAACGAAAACAAAAAUCAAAAAGAAAAACAAAAAGGCAAACUGUAAAU